AUGGCUCUUCACUUGACCCAGUCUAGGAGAUUGCAGAUUGUGAUCUCUAUUUCUUUGUGCUUCUUUAUAACGGAAAUCUCCAUUGGAUUUUACACGAGUUCUCUUGCCCUCGUGGCCGAUGCCUUUCACUAUUUAAAUGACCUCAUUGGGUUUAUUGUUGCAUUUGCCGCAUUAAAGAUUUCCGCCAAAAAGGAUUCACCUCAAGACCUGUCCUUUGGCUGGCAGAGAUCCCGGCUCCUCGGUGCAUUCUUCAACGGUGUCUUCCUUCUCGCGUUGGGUGUUAGUAUAUUCCUACAAUCCAUAGAGCGAUUUGUUUCUGUCCAGGCCGUGGAGCAACCCAAGCUUAUCCUCAUUGUCGGCUGCAUCGGCCUUGGUCUCAAUAUCAUCAGCGCUUCCUUCCUUCACGAACACGAUCAUUCACACGGCGGAAACCCAGAGAGCCUAGUGAACGCAGAGAAUGGGACAGAGGAGUCACCUGCCUUGCAUGACAACCAUCGGCACAACAAUCUACAACCACCCACUAAAGGGUAUGACUUGGGCAUGCUGGGUGUUCUGAUACAUGUGGUCGGGGAUGCUGCCAACAACGUUGGCGUCAUAAUCUCGGCUCUGGUGAUCUGGCUUACUUCGUCCCCCUCCCGCUAUUACGCAGACCCCGCUGUCAGUAUGGCUAUCGCCUUGGUUAUUCUUACAACAUCACUGCCAUUAGUGAGGAACUCGGGUAGAAUUCUUCUUGAGAGUGUCCCUAGUGGUAUCAACCUUGAUGAUAUCAGACAUGAUCUUGAAUUGGUGCGUGAAAAUGGUCCUACUCACGGACACAAAAUUGACGACGAAAUGCAGAUCCCUGGUGUCCGCUCUAUUCAUGAGCUACAUGUCUGGCGCUUAAACCAAGAGAAGUCACUGGCGUCAGUCCAUGUCGCCAUAGUGAACGAAACCGUCUCCGAAUUUGUGAAAAUUGCAAAGAUCAUGAAUGAUUGCUUCCAUAGUUAUGGUAUCCAUUCAGCUACAGUACAGCCAGAGCUUGGAUCACCUCUCAUGCCAGAUGAAGCGACGGGUCCUGAAUAUCAGGGCAAUUGGUCGCAGCUAUGCCAAGUUAAGUGUGGUAAAUCUUCGUGUGAGAUCUUGACCUGCUGUGGCUAG